AUGUUAAUAAAAGUUAAUUUCUGUAAAAAUACAAGCUUGAAAAGGAUUUUAGAGCAUAUAUUAUAUCUUGUAAUAAUUUUUAUUUUAGUACCAGUAUUUCUAUACUUUGAACUCUGUGUUGUGCUACCUGCUAUACUAGAAGAAUGGAGUGUACCUUAUGUGAUUCAUUACUGCUGUGCAAUUUUUUUACUACUUAAUAUAGUUGGAAAUAUGAUUUUUGGAAUGUUUACUGAUACAAGUGUUAAGGGAAAAGUUUCUCUUUUCGUUGACAAAGAAGACUGGACAAUGUGUGCUGCAUGUGAAUUCCCAAGACCACCCCGUGCAUGGCAUUGUGAUACUUGUAAUGUAUGUAUUUUAAAAAGGGAUCAUCAUUGUACAUUUUUUGCUUGUUGUAUUGGUUAUUACAAUCAUAGAUAUUUUAUGUUGUUUACAUUAGAUAUUUUUGUAGCAAUGUUAUAUGCAUUUUACUUUAAUGUACAAUUUCUAGCACAUUUCAUAUCUUGGAACCAUGGCUUUAUCAUUAUUAAGUUCAUAUUUCCAUUAGCAAGUUUUGUUUUAGAUUUCGGCACAGAGACUAUAUAUGUAUUUUUAGUUGUGCUAAAUUUUAUUGUAGGAUUAUUUACUGGAUUUUUAUUCAUCUACCAUUUUAACAACAUUUUAAAAGGAAAAAUUACUCCAGAAAAUAAAAAUGAUUCUAAAUCUAUGUAUGAUAAAGGCUGGAAAUCUAAUUUAAUUGAAGUAUUUGGUUCGCGAUGGUACGUAACUUGGAUUUCACCAUUUAUUCACAGUCCACUACCUGGAAAUGGGGUACAAUGGAUUGUGCUAGAUAAAAAUAAAUAG